AUGGCGACGGAACGAUAUCAAAUGGAAACCGUAGAGCAGAAGAACGCUCCCAUUGCCAACCCCCCAACCAGCAGCGGACGCUGUCGCGACCAUCCGCCUGGGUCACAAUGCGAUCGGAGCACCCGCGGACAUGGUGCUUCCGAAGCGGCAACGCUAAGCUUGGCCCGGCGCGAGUUCGAAAUCGAGAAACAACGAUUUCGGAUCGAGCGUCGCGAGCUUGAGCUCGAGAUGGAGCGCCGGGAGCUGCGGUUGGCGGAACGACUGUUGGCAACGGAAAGGGGCGAGUCGUCCAGAACGGAUGGCCAAAGGUGGCCAGCGCCGUGGCGCAGCGCUGAGCCAAACGAAGGUGUUACUGGGUGCGUCGACCGAGGGGCAUCUAGCGCGAUGGCGUCAGCUGAUCGUACCGUGAGCGUUGACCACAGCGAGGAUAGCGCGAUGGCGUCGGUUGAUCGCCCAGCCGAGUGCAACGACCGGGAGGAGCGAGGCGCGAUGGCGGAUGUGCACCAGCAAGACGAAGGAGGCCUCGCAACGAUUUGCCGUUUGACGACGCCGACCGCAUCCCGGCAUCACACAGACGGCACGCAAAUCACAGCACUCACGAAACACGGAUGCGCGGAUGUUCAUCAAUGUCUUCUUCACGGUGAGAUCAACGACUCGGGCACACGGACACGCGAACUCAUCGACACACAAAUCGCACCCACUAAACACUGUUACACUCAUACGACGGCCAACGAUGGCGUGCUGCUUCGGUACGUACCUAUCACAAUCCACGUGUUGGCGACAACCGCCAGCAGCGAUAUGGCGCCCCCGGAUGGGCCCAUGCAGUACGACACAAAAUGGCCGCCGAUGAACAUCAUCAGUAUGCCGACCAAGAUCAAGCAGGAAAACUUCAACGGACUAAGCCAUCUAGAUAUCUAUCACGCAGUCACGCUGCCGAUCUACGAACCGGAGAAGUCGUCGUCACCCUCCUCCAUCCAGCACAUACCGACCGUGAUUGAGCGGCUUCAUGAAGAAACUGGUGGCUCACCGGAACACCAUCACCAGCACCAGGUACAACAACAUCAGCAGCAACAGCAGCAGCAGCAGCAACAACAACAGCAGGAUCAACAACUUCACCAUAGCGUUGGUACGCUGGCGCUCUCCUCCAAACUUUCGGACGAUCUUCCAAGCAACAGCUUGGUGCCGGAAGAUCACCGUGGCGGUCAGGUGCCAACGACAAUUCCCCAACCAUCGACUCUUUCUACCAACAAUAACAACAACAACAAUCACACACCAAAUCAGAAUCAAAGCUCCGGUAACCAAAGCGCCACCAACUCGACCGCCAGCAAUGGCUCCGGAUCGACGGUUAGCAACGGAGGUAGCAAUGGUACUAGCAAUGGGAACACGACCACCAGUAGUCUCACGUACGAUUGCAGCUCGACAACAAGCCCUAAUGGGAACCGGAACACGAGUGUCAAACCACCGUACAGCUACGUGGCGCUGAUAGCAAUGGCAAUUCAGAAUUCCCACCCGAAACGUGCGACCCUGAGCGAGAUCUACAACUACAUCACCUCGCGGUUUCCAUACUACGAGAAGAACAAGAAGGGCUGGCAGAACUCGAUCCGACACAACCUCAGCCUGAACGAGUGCUUCGUGAAGAUCCCGCGUGAGGGUGGCGGUGAGCGGAAGGGCAACUACUGGACGCUGGAUCCGCAGUACGAGGACAUGUUCGAGAACGGCAACUACAAGCGACGCCGGCGAAUGAAGCGUCCCUACCGGACGAGCCACUACUCGAAGAUGUUCCCCGAUGCGUACGUGACGAACCCGGGCAACUUUGGACAUCGGCCCGUGUUCUCGCAGAAUCCCUACCAGCCCUACCCACGCUAUGAUGCCGGAGCUCCCUGGAUGCCGCCUACGCAGCUCAGUAGCUACACAUCCUGUUCCGGUCGGACUAACUACUCCUACUCGACACCGUAUAAUUUUUCGCAGCUCCAGCAAACGGUUCAACCGGUCACGAUCAACACCUACGGCUCGACGGCUACUAUGAAUUUGGAUACCUUCGCAGUGUCGGGCAGCACCACACCACCGUGUGCACGUCGUUUCGAGCCACACUAUCCUCACUACACUUGGGACGCGAAUCUACCCCUGCCGGUAAAGGAAGAGUCUUCCAACCAGAUGAGCGUCACCUCGUCGCAGCAGAACACCUUCCAGAAGAGCUACCUGCCCCAACCAUAACAGCUAGUGGACCCCGACCUACCGUCCUGCAGUUUGGUGCACAGCCUCUGGCAACUGUCCGCCUACCGUCGGCAACUGCUGUUGGAGGAGUCCCUGGACUGGUCUUCCUGCUUCAUAGACCAAACUGAUCGAGGCUGAGCGAGUUCUGAUUCGUGAUAACAGAUUGUUUCUCUGAUAUGCCACAUUCAAACUCCGUUUGAAUCCGCGUAUGAAAAUAAGGGAGUUUGUUUAUUUAGUUGAUGAAAGUAAGUUAAAGUAACAAGCAAAAGAAAUGGUUGAAAGACAACUUGAGCUUCAUUUUUGGUCGGUUCAAAUGGCAGCGUCUUAACAAAAAUAUUGAAGACGUGUAGGAGAUAGUUAAAAUAAACAUUUUAAGUGAAUAAUUUUAUUUAUUAAUGUCAGCAAUGGGGCAGCAUAUCAUAUUUUGAAUAACACAUACACAAACGUAAAUGACAUAUAGUAGAUGAAAGAUGAUUGGAAAAGUACAUGUCCGCUUCCGCAUUUUUUCUCGUAGAACGUGGGUAGGAUUUCAAACCGAAUAUUGCAGGGAUGACAUAGUUCCGGAACAUACGUAAAGAGGAAAACUUAUAUUUUCCGUCCAAAUUGAGUAAGUUAGAAUGUGCAAACGAGGCACAGUCGUAAACUCUUAGCACCUUAAGGUCGAUGAAACAAACAUGUUUGUACAGACGCAGCUUUGAGCGGGAGAAAAAAGAUGUAAAAUAAAGAAUAUUUAAAUAAAUAA